GUAUCCAAACUCAUAAAUCCUUUUUGCAUGUAAAAAAUGGCUAUGAUUGGCUUAUUUGGAGUCUUCAUAGCAUUCAUUUUCUUCCUUAAUCCCUUAUAUUUCUUUCUUUGCAAGAAAUCUCAGGAUGUGCCUUCGCUAAAGAACUGGCCUUUCCUCGGGAUGCUUCCCGGAAUGCUCUUCAAUAUCCCUCGAAUUUUUGACUGGAUUUCUGAGGUUCAUGAGGCCAACGAUCUGACAUUCGCUUUCAAAGGGCCUUGGUUUAGUGGAACAGACAUGUUGUUCACUGUUGAUCCGAGGAAUAUCAAUCACAUGCUCAGCUCAAACUUUCCGAAUUACCCUAGAGGACGUAAAUUCAAGAAGAUCUUUGAUAUCCUGGGAGAUAGAAUCGUACCCGCGGAUAGGGAGUUAUGGGAGGAUCUGAGGAAGUCAGGUCACGCCUUAUUCCACCAUCAGAACUUCCUGAAGCUCACAGUAAGUAGCACUACAAGUAAGUUAAAGAAUGAUCUUGUUCCAUUACUUGAUCAACCUGCUGAGGAAAACAUUAUAAUAGACUUACAAGAUGUAUUCAAGAGAUUCAUGUUUGAUACUGCCUCCAUUUUGAUGACUGGUGACGACCCAAUGUCACUAUCCACCGAGAUGCCCGGAAAUGAGUUUGGUGAAGCUGCCGACUUCGCUGAAGAAGCUACCUUCUAUAGAUAUUUCAAACCAAUGAUCUUGUGGAGGCUUCAAAACUUGAUUGGUAUUGGAACUGAGAGGAAGAUACGAACUGCUUCGGAGAUUUUCAACAGUAUGUUUGCAAAGAUCAUAUCUUCAAGAAGAAAAGAAGAGAUAAGUCGCGGGAAGAAAGAGCCAACUAUUAACGCAGUAACAUAUUAUAUUAAUGCAGACACAACCAAAUAUAAGCUGUUGAAACCUAAUAAUGAUAAGUUUAUAAGAGACGUUGUUUUGAGUCUAAUGUUAGCAGGAAGGGACACCACAAGCUCAGCACUCACGUGGUUCUUCUGGCUUCUUUCUAAGCAUCCUCAAGUUAUGACCAAGAUCGGACAAGAGAUCAACGCAAAGUUUGAUCCGACAGAUCUAGAGAAGCUUGUGUAUCUACACGCUGCGUUGUACGAAACAAUGAGACUUUACCCACCGGUUCCCUUCAACCACAAGUCUCCUUCAAAGUCAGAUGUGCUUCCAAGCGGGCACAAAGUUGAAGCAGAUUCAAAGAUUUUUAUCUCUGUCUACGCAUUGGGUAGAAUGAGAUCUGUAUGGGGAGAAGACGCAUCAGAGUUUAAACCGGAGAGAUGGAUUUCAGAGAAUGGAGGGCUCAAACGUGAACCUUCAUCCAAGUUCUUGGUCUUUAAUGCAGGUCCAAGAACUUGCUUGGGUAAACAGUUAGCUCUCUUGCAGAUGAAGAUGGUAGUUGUGGAGAUCAUACAAAACUAUGAUUUCAAGGUCGUUGACAAUCAGAAGAUCGAACCAGUCCCCUCCGUCAUUCUCCGAAUCAAACAUGGUCUUAAAGUUACAGUCAGUAAGAAUAUAUGAUUAAUUCUUAUCUUUGCCUGGUAUUUACGGUAACUAUCAGUAAUUUUCCCUUGUCGAGAAUAAAUGCGUUAGUACUUGUAUUAUUUUCCAAGCAAUCGAUGUAGCGUGUUAAUAUCUAUCAAAAUCUAGUAUGUCACA